AUGGACAAGGAAUGGACAAGGAAUAUACAAGGAAUAUACAAGGAAUAUACAAGGAAUAUACAAGGAAUAUACAAGGAAUAUACAAGGAAUAUACAAGGAAUAUACAAGGAAUAUACAAGGAAUAUACAAGGAAUAUACAAGGAAUAUACAAGGAAUAUACAAGGAAUAUACAAGGAAUAUACAAGGAAUAUACAAGGAAUAUACAAGGAAUAUACAAGGAAUAUACAAGGAAUAUACAAGGAAUAUACAAGGAAUAUACAAGGAAUAUACAAGGAAUAUACAAGGAAUAUACAAGGAAUAUACAAGGAAUAUACAAGGAAUAUACAAGGAAUAUACAAGGAAUAUACAAGGAAUACACAAGGAAUAUACAAGGAAUAUACAAGGAAUAUACAAGGAAUAUACAAGGAAUAUACAAGGAAUGGACAAGGAAUGGACAAAGAAUGGACAAGAAAUAUACAAGGAAUGAACAAAGAAUGGACAAGAAAUGAAUAA